AUUAGUCACUUGGAGGGCCAGUCGCACUAGAGAAAUACAACGGAAAUAUGAUGAGUCAAAAGAUUGGAGUAGGAGUUCUUGGACUGAUUUUGCUUACUUUGGCAAACUGCCAGGAGAUCCAAGUGGAGACAGAUACCACUAACUACGGCCCCGUCUCCAUGGUGGUCGACAACCUGGCUGAGAUUGCGGUAGAUGUGAGCGACGACACCACCAUUCAAUUGGAGGGUAAAAUAAAUCGCACUCGGCAGGAUAUCGCCGGGAAUAUCGAGGUCCUGACCGCCAAUGCAUUGGCCCAAUUAAGUGACGCGAUCUACGAGACCAGCGAGUUCAUGGUGGACAAUCCCGACUGCAAUGCGGCCUGGAGCUUGGAUGAACUCAACGAGAAUGUGACCUCUCAACUGGGUGGUUGCACAGGCAGUUUGGGAGGUCUCUUGGCGAACUUCCGCCUGGAGGGCCAAAUGGCAUUGUCAAGGGUCAAGGAUUUCGUCCAGCAGAUUGCCCAGUUGCCGGUCAAGUGCCAGAUGUUGGGCGCCUCCCCACUCAAUCCUCUGGCUUCGGCGGGCGGCAGUGUUUGCUUCAUCAACGCCAUGGCGGAGAUCAACCAGGGAAUGGCCGAGUCCCUGCGCGAUGCCUCCCUGCUCCUGGUGCAAACCCAUCAGACCACCGAGGAGCAAGUGGAGCAGGCCCAGCGGUGCUGCGACACUGUGGUUCAGCAGGUGGGCGAGUAUCUGCGCGAGGAGCAGGAUCAAUGCCAACAGUGAACCCUUCCUGCGAGCAACAGUCCUGCCGGAGAGGGGGAGUUCAGCCAAUGGCAAAUUUAUGCACCCACAAGAUGACAGGGACCGAGGACUCGCCACAUCCUGUUCACUUAUUGCUUAUGCAUGACAUUUAUUUGACAAGUUUUUGAUUGAUUUUACAGCUGCUGCAGCCGAUCUGGUGCAGCUAUCUGCAUAUUCGAAGGCACAGUGAAACCUCUCUAGGGCGAACUUCGCUUGAAGAAUUAUAGAAAAUAUCUUAAUAUU